CCUAACCUACCACCCAAUCCGCUGCCAAAUGCUUCCUCCCGCGAGAACAACACUCUUCGCCGUCGCUACCAUUUUCUUAACCCUCACCGUAUCGGGUCGGGUCAACAGAUUUGAGGAUACGGCUCCACACACGGAAACAGUAAACCAGGUUGUUGGCGUUGUUCUGUCCGAAACCGAACCUCAUUCCAAAGAUAGCGGUUGUCAUUGUCAGAAGAAGAAGGCAUUGCGUUUUAGAAACUGACACCGUCAGCCACAACAAUGCGUCGCGUUAGGGUUUGAUUAUAUAACGCAGAUCGAGGCCCUGAACUGUGUGGUGAAGCGCAUUUUGCAAUUUCAAUAAUAUUAAUGAUAUAAAAUGGGAGAAAAAUCAAAGUCCAAAGGAGGGUGUUGCGGUUGGUUCAUCGCAUUUGUCAUUCUGGCCAUCGUCGUCGGCGCUAUUGUUUUUACGGUCAUGAAGAAAUUCGGUCACUCCGGUUCUGAUAAAGCUCCCGGUCCCCCUGGCGCCGUUGAUCAAAAAUAUGCCACUGCACUAAAAACCUCACUGCAAUUUUUCGAUAUUCAAAAAUCUGGGAAGUUAGUCAACAACAAAAUACCUUGGAGAGGGGAUUCGGGUCUUAAGGAUGGGAGCCAAGCGAAGCUGGAUCUCACAAAAGGAAUGUAUGAUGCUGGGGAUCACAUAAAAUUUGGUUUUCCGUUGGCAUUUACGGCGACGGUGUUGUCGUGGGCCAUUCUGGAAUAUGGAGAUCAAAUGGAUCACGUUGGCCAGUUAGAUUCGGCUCAAGAUUCGCUCAAGUGGAUCACUGAUUAUCUCAUCAAUGCUCACCCUUCUGCUGAUGUUCUUUACAUUCAGGUGGGUGAUCCUGUUGCAGAUCACAAGUGUUGGGAAAGACCAGAAGACAUGACUGGAGCUCGACCGCUCAUACAAGUGAAUGCAUCUUAUCCUGGAUCAGACGUUGCAGCUGAAACUGCAGCUGCCAUGGCCUCAGCAUCUUUGGUCUUUAAAAAGUCUGAUUCUUCGUAUUCAAGCACACUCCUCAAGCAUGCAAAAGAGUUGUUCACUUUUGCUGACAAAAAUAGGGGAUAUUAUAGUGAGAGUAUACCUGAAGUUCAGACAUAUUAUAACUCAACUGGCUAUGGUGAUGAGCUUUUAUGGGCUGCUAGCUGGCUCUAUCAUGCUACGGGUGAUGACUCUUACCUUGAGUUUGUGACUGGCCAAGAUGGAGAAGACUAUGCUGAAUGGGGAAGCCCAACCUGGUUCUGUUGGGAUAACAAGCUUGCUGGAACUCAGGUUUUGUUGGCUAGAUUAAGCUUUUUCAAAGCAAAGGACAUUUCAAAUUCGUAUGGCUCUGGGCUCCAAAGUUACAGGAAAACAGCUGAGGCUGUAAUGUGUAGCCUUCUUCCGGAUUCUCCAACAGCCACACAAAGCAGAACAGAUGAUGGUCUUGUAUGGGUGAGCGAAUGGGACUCUUUGCAACAUCCUGUUGCAUCUGCAUUCUUAGCUGUUAUUUACAGUGACUAUAUGCGAACAUCGCAGACACCAAAACUACAUUGUGAUUCAGAUUCCUUUACUGCAUCAGAUCUUCGAGACUUUGCCAAAUCUCAGGCUGAUUACGUGUUGGGCAAGAAUCCUAUGGAUACGAGUUUUCUGGUGGGUUACGGCGAUAAAUUCCCGCAAUUCGUGCAUCAUAGGGGUGCUUCAAUUCCUGCCGAUGCAAAAGCUAGCUGCAAGGAUGGAUUCCAGUGGCUUGAAUCAUCUGAUCCAAAUCCCAAUGUUGCUACUGGAGCCCUUGUUGGUGGACCCUUCAAGAAUGAGACUUUCAUUGAUUCCAGGAACAAUACCAUGCAAACAGAACCAAGCACGUACAAUAGUGCUGUCAUAGUCGGUCUCCUAUCAAGUUUAGUCACCACGUCUUCUGUUGUUCAAUCCUUUACCUAAGCUCCUCAGUUGCACUUGUUGACAUAGGUUUGUGUUUUUUGUAGCUUUAUUCAUUUCCCUAUCCUGACAAAUGGAAAGUGUUGUUAAAAGCAUGAGACAUAAUAUUGCAAUGAUGUGCUUGAUUGUAUGAGUGUAAAUCAUGAGGUUUGAUAGGUUUAUCGUGUAUAUGUACGGGUGUAGUUUGCUUUGGCAUUAUUAGCUCAGCAGGUGUGGAGCUAUUUAGUUGUAGUUGUUCGUGGAACACAUUUUCAAAAUUUAUCAUUACUAUUGUUAUUAUUAGUAUUACUUCUCCCAUUAUUCUUA